CUAAGGACCCCCUCAGACUACGCACAUGACUCAUUAUUAUGAGUAAUUAAUUAUUCUCACGAGAUUUUUGAUUCUCAAAACGGGGAUUUUUUUUCAGCAGGCUUAUCAAAUUUAGUUCUUCCAGAGAAUGCUUUAAAAAUUUAGUCUCGCUGUUAUUGUCAAUUAAGAUGAAUAAAAAGCUAUUUUUUGUGUUCGGCAUAAUUCUGUGCUGUUUCUCAUCAUUAUCAGCAACUUUAGACUGCAUAUUCCGCGAUGGCACCUUUAUAAUUGUAGGAACAAUCUACCAAUGUUCACUAGUCAGUGAUAAAAUAUCAUCAAGACAAACUCUAAGACUUUACUCUCCAAAUGAUGGUCAUCGAGCAAAUAAGUCUAACAAAGACGUUCUCGGUUUUUAUGCUAGGCAAAAUAAAAUUGAAAAAUUCCCUAAAGAAUUGCAAAAGUUUCCGAAUCUCAAAUCAAUUCAGAUGAAUAAUUGUCAAUUGCAGGCACUUUAUCAAUCAGAUUUGAAACCAUUUGCUGAUUUGAUACUCAUUUAUAUGGAAAGUAACUUGAUCGAGGUUCUGGAAGAGGAUCUUUUUGCAUUCAAUCCAAACUUAAAACUAAUUGGAUUUGGUCAUAAUCAAAUUGUUCACAUUGAUCCAAAUGUCUUUGACCAUUUGACGCAAUUGAGUGACUUUUAUUUCUAUGGAGUUCCAUGCAUCGGCUUGAGUAUUUACAGCUCAGUAGAUAAAGUCAAAGAAGCUAUUGGAAUCAUCAAGACUAAGUGUUUGAAUUCGGAUUUUAUGGCUUUGGUUGAUAAAGUUGGAAAGUUUGAGGACAAAGCAGCAUCAUUGAGUCCUGAUGAGUUUGAGAAAAACUUUAUUGAUUUGGAAAAUGAACUGAAAAACUCGAAUUUUUUUUCCUUCCGACCAAUAAGCUCCAGGUUUGCAAAGCUGAAGAAUCUUAAAACUCUUGGCAAUAUGGCAUCAGAGGAACUACAGCAAUCCACAAUCAAACCUGAUUUAAUCACUCCAAAAGUAGCAAAAUAUACUGAAACUUGCUCCCAAACAGAUCAAUUUGCAGCUCUAGAUAUGAAGUUCACCAGCCUUAGCAACAACUUAACCUUACAAAUGACAGACUCAAUCACAAAUGCCAACAACAGUUUUUCAGACAUCAAAAAAUCAAUCAAUAAUUUCGAGGCUUCCCAAAAAACCAUCCAGAACAGCCACAAAAGCUUCCAAGAUUCAACAACAACUUACAUAACCUCAAUCAACAGUGAACUCAAAACAACUCAAGAAGCCAUUAAAUUAUUAAAGGACAAAGUCAAAGAAUCCGUUAGUGACACAACUACAGCUAUUAGUGACGUCAAGACCAAUCAAAUUGAUAUUCAAGCCUCAUUAAGUAAAUUAAAAACAACACAAAAUGACUUGCAAGUUUCGAUGAAUGACUUGAAGGCUUUUAUCAUGAAAAAUGAAAAUUGUGAUGGAAAAUUCAAUGAAAUUUUGGAAAAUUUUGAGGAAAAAUUUGCUGAUUUUGAAGCUAAAUCUGUGGAAAAGUUUGAUAAAAUUGAAAAAAGCUUGACUAAUGUUGGCCACAAAAUGACGAUCAAUUUGGAUGAAAAGAUUAAAGAAAUUGAAAAGAGAAUGAUGAAGAAGUUUGAGGAACUGCUGAAUGACAAUCUUGCUAAAAAGUUCUAGAAGAUAAGUUAAAUAAGGUGAUGAAUGACGGAUUGGAAAUUAAGUGAUAAAUUUCUGGUAAAUAAAAUUCUUGAUUUUUAUUGCAUUUUUAUGUUGCUUAAAUAAGGAAUAAAAUUGGCGACUUGUGUGACACAAAUUGUACAAUUCUCAA